AUUUAUAGUACCAAAAAAGUGAAAUUGGUGUGGAGCUAGAUUAUGCUGUCUGAGUAAGAAUGCAUUUAGCUUUCCAUGUGAAGUAACCUAAAAGAUUACCCUAAUUUUGUAAGGAACAAGCAUCUCUUUCUUGCUUCACCAUUCAUUCACUAAAUCUACUUUAUGCACAAAAAGAAAAAGCGGUGCCCCAUUUUGAGAAAGAUAUUAUCGUUGAAUUUAGCAAUAACAUGAUGCGAAACAGAGAGCUGCUGAACUAUUGCAAAUGUAGAAGCUGGGAGCAUCAGAUCUCUUGAGAAUUUUGUCGUCGCCUGUAUUAAAUAGUUUGCCUCUGGACAGAGACGUAUAUGCUCCAAAGGGUAUGCAAAAAAUGGGAACUUUGGCCCUCGAAACCAAUGGUGAUGUGUGCUCUAAUGACUAUGUAGUGUUGGGGCUGAAGGACUUCAGAAUAGACAGCAUAGAAAAGCCCCAGAUUCUGUCACUUUUAUCGACAUUGCUAGAGAGGUCCGUACAGAAAAAUGAAAGGAGACUAGAAACCUUACAAACCAAAGACUUCAUCACAAUAUUCCACGGUUUAAGAGCGCCUUCUCUUAGCAUUCAACAAUACAUAGAUCGGAUUUUUAAGUAUUCGUGCUGCAGCUCUUCGUGCUUUGUUGUGGCGUACAUAUACAUGGAUAGAUUCAUUGAGCAAACAAAAUCAUUGCUUACUUCCCUGAAUAUUCACCGCCUCACAAUCACCAGUGUAAUGCUUGCUGCAAAAUUCAUGGAUGACGCAUUCUACAAUAAUGCAUAUUAUGCUCGAGUGGGAGGCGUGAGCACAACGGAGAUUAACAAAUUGGAGAUGAAGUUCUUGUUUUCUCUAGAUUUCCGGCUUCACGUCAAUGUGCAGACGUUUGGUAAAUAUUGUUCCAUCCUUAAAAGAGAAGCAAAAAACGCCCUCGUUGAGCGCCCCAUCCAGUCAUGCGGGGUUGAAGAGAGCUGGACGAACAAGGACGAGUCCACCGGUGCUCGACCAUUUGCUAGAUGAUCUGCUAAAAAACGCUGCUAUCCGACUAUAUACCACGUGAAACAUGAAGAAUUUCGACAUUUUCGUAUCUUAGGAGGGCCGGAAUCUAGUGGUUAAGUAGGUAAGUCAUGUGUGCAGAAUUUUUAACUUGCAUUUCACUUCUCCCACUUUGAUAGCCAAUACAUUGGCCUUAAUAGUAUGAAGCUUGAAUUGAAGGUAAUAUUUUUGUGGCGUUUGUUGAUACUUUUUGUACUAUAUGUUCAAAUUCUUGAGUAAUUUGUGCACUGGAAUAUGUUAAAAUUGAUGA